AUGUCUCACGACGAGCACCACGACGCUCAACGAGGCGUCCCGCGCUCCCAAGAAGAGGAAUAUGGGCCGUAUCCGACCUCGACAUACCCCAACUACAGCAGCUCCAGAGCUUUCCCAGCCCCGGCCCCGGCCCGUGCAGCGUUGGUUACCAUAGAGAAAGCCGCUACUGCGAUGCCCGCAACUGAGACUAUUACUGCCUUCGAGAGGUGGGCCGCUGGCGCCUCCGAUUCUCAGUUUAACGCGCUUUCCGGUGCCGUAGGAGGCUUCACUUCGGGCGUGGUUACGUGCCCGCUCGACGUUAUCAAAACCAAGUUGCAGGCACAGGGCGGUUUCAAUCCCAUCGAGAAGGGAAGACAUGUUGGACACCCAAAACUCUACAAUGGCCUGCUGGGUACUGCCCGUGUGAUAUGGCGAGAAGAAGGCAUACGCGGCAUGUAUAGGGGACUCGGCCCAAUAGUACUGGGUUAUUUGCCCACCUGGGCUGUUUGGUUUACCGUCUACAAUAAGAGCAAGGACUGGUUAAAGCACCGCCAUGAAAACACGGUGUUGAUCAACUUUUGGUCAUCUAUUAUAGCUGGUGCCAGUAGCACCAUCGUCACAAACCCAAUAUGGGUCAUCAAGACCCGCCUGAUGUCGCAGAGCGUUGCACACGACCCGGGCAAGCACUACUCUCAGUUUCCGAGAUCAGGCAAUACCCCGACCUCGAGACCAACAAUGCACAGCUCGUGGCAUUACCGGUCAACCAUGGACGCGGCACGCAAGAUGUACACUUCAGAGGGCGUUUUAUCGUUUUACUCGGGCCUUACUCCGGCUCUGCUGGGACUUACCCACGUGGCAGUCCAGUUCCCUGCGUACGAAUACCUGAAGACGAGGUUUACCGGCCAGGGUAUGGGCGAGCCGACCCAGGGCGACACACAAGAGUCACAAUGGAUGGGCGUGUUGGGCGCUUCGAUAUUGUCGAAGAUCAUGGCGAGCAGCGCUACCUAUCCACACGAAGUUAUUCGCACGAGGCUACAGACACAACGAAAACCCGUAGGAGGGGCCGAGUACCUUCAGGGCCUGGGAGUCAAGAUGUCUGCCUCCAUGACGGGAGAAGAUGGCAAGAAACAGCAAAUGCUAUCACCGAAAUAUCGCGGCGUGGUCAGCACCUUCCGAACGAUUCUCAAAGAGGAGGGGUGGAGGGCCUUCUACGCUGGCAUGGGCACUAACAUGAUGCGAGCGGUGCCGGCCGCGACAGUGACGAUGCUGACGUAUGAGUAUGUGAUGAAGCAUUUGAACCACGCAAGGGCCGAGGGCAAGCGGAAGCGGGAAAGGGGCAGCACACCUGCUGAGCCCUGA